CCCCAGCAUCACUCGGCUCAGCUCAGCUCCUCUAUUAAUUCCUCCCCGACUCAACCGCCGGUGCACAGCACCAACCAACUAAAACCACCACCACCCCCCCCGCCGCCGGCACAGAGCCACACUCUUGCGGCGCGUUCUGUUGGCGGCAAUGGCGGCGGCGGCGGGCAGCGCUGUGCUGCUGAUGCUGACACUCGUGGCGGCCGCGACGUCGGUGUCGGGGCAGCACGACUACAGCGACGCGCUCCGCAAGAGUAUCCUCUUCUUUGAGGGCCAGCGCUCCGGCCGGCUGCCACCCGACCAGCGCCUCCGCUGGCGCCGUGACUCCGCCCUCAACGACGGCGCCACCGCCGGCGUGGACCUGACGGGAGGGUACUACGACGCCGGCGACAACGUGAAGUUCGGGUUCCCGAUGGCGUUCACGGCGACGCUCAUGUCGUGGGGGCUGAUCGACUUCGGGCGGAGCUUCGGCGCGCACAAGGCGGAUGCGAGGAAGGCGGUGCGGUGGGCGACGGACUACCUGAUGAAGGCGACGGCGACGCCCAACACGGUGUACGUCCAGGUCGGCGACGCCUUCCGCGACCACUCCUGCUGGGAGCGUCCCGAGGACAUGGACACCCCCCGCACCAUCUACAAGGUCGACCCCGCCCACCCCGGCUCCGACGUCGCCGCUGAGACCGCCGCCGCCCUCGCCGCCGGCUCCAUCGUCUUCCGCGACGCCGACCCGGCCUACUCCAAGAGCCUCCUCGACCGCGCCAUCGAGGUGUUCGAGUUCGCGGACAAGUACAGGGGCCCCUACAGCAGCAGCCUGCACGCGGCCGUGUGCCCCUGCUACUGCGACUACUCCGGAUACAAGGACGAGUUGCUGUGGGGCGCGGCGUGGCUGCACAAGGCGUCGCGGCGGCGGGAGUACAGGGAGUACAUCAAGCGGAACGAGGUGGUGCUCGGCGCCAGUGAGGCCAUCAACGAGUUCGGCUGGGACAACAAGCACGCCGGCAUCAACGUCCUCAUCUCCAAGGAGGUCCUGAUGGGGAAGGACGAGUACUUCCAGUCCUUCCGCGUGAACGCGGACAACUUCAUCUGCACCCUCCUCCCCGGCAUCUCUAAUCAUCCCCAGAUCCAGUACUCACCAGGUGGUCUGCUGUUCAAGGUGGGCAACAGCAACAUGCAGCACGUGACGUCGCUGUCGUUCCUCCUGCUCGCCUACUCCAACUACCUCAGCCACGCCAGCGUCCGCGUCCCGUGCGGCACCUCCUCCGCCUCCCCCGUCCAGCUCCGCCGCGUCGCCAAGCGCCAGGUGGACUACAUCCUGGGGGACAACCCGCUGCGGAUGUCGUACAUGGUCGGGUACGGGGCGAGGUACCCGCUACGGAUCCACCACCGGGCGAGCUCGCUGCCGUCGGUGUCGGCGCACCCGGCGCGGAUCGGGUGCAAGGCCGGGGCGUCCUACUACGCCAGCGCGUCCCCGAACCCGAACCUCCUGGUGGGCGCCGUCGUCGGCGGGCCGACCAACACCAGCGACGCCUUCCCCGACGCGCGGGCCGUGUUCCAGCAGUCCGAGCCCACCACGUACAUCAACGCGCCCCUGCUCGGCCUCCUCGCCUACUUCUCCGCCCACCCCAACCUGGCCCAGUCCGACCUCGCCAACGACUGAAGUCGCGUGGGUACCCGUUUUGCCCUGGGCCGAAUUCUACCGAUUCAUCCUAGAAUGUAUUGUAUUGUGUUGUUGGUGUAGUAGCCUAGUAGGGUGUGCCGAUCCUUUCCUGUAAAAAAUGGCAGGAACGGGGAUUGGUCCUAGUGUAUGGUCGACUGGUUGUACCUGUAGUCCUUGUAUCCCUAGCUGCUUAGUGGUAGUAGCGUUUUAGCAUAUGCUGGAUGAGAUGUCUUAUUGGCAUUAGACAUCCAUCUGGCUCUGCAAUGCAUUCUGUUCGCCUAUCUACGCCACGAAUCCUUGUCAAGUGUGUCCAGUUCCGGAAUUAGUGCCAGAAUUAAGAUUUAAGCUAAGCACCU